AUGACAACUGCUCGCGGUCAUGUAGACUACGGUUAUGGUCCGACCAACGGCCCCCACACCUGGUGUUUAACAUGCCAUGCUGCUGCCGGAGCAAGGCAGUCGCCGAUUAACAUUAUAAGGCACAAUUGCAUCUAUGACUCCAAGCUCUCUCCACUUCGGCUGUUCGUGUUUCACAAUAGCACUCAGCUUUUUACACGUAAAACGCAUAAUUUUCAAGUCUCAUUCAAAAGUAGUAAUGCCACAACAAUUGAAGGGGGUCCUCUGAAGGGUAAAUAUAACCUUCAGCAAUUCCAUUGUCAUUGGGGAUGCGAGGAUGAAUGGGGAUCAGAACAUCACGUUGAUGGCCAUAGCUUUGCUGGUGAAUUGCAUUUGGUCUUCAUGAGCGAGAAAUAUUCUACCAUGGACCAGGCUGUCAAAGACUCUGAAGGUCUUUGUGUCAUUGGUGUUUUCCUUAAGGCCGAUCGUGUGGAGUGUGAGGCAAUGAGGCCACUUAUCUCCGCCAUCAAGUCAUCAAAACCCAGUUGUGAACAGCCCAUAGCAGAUGAAGUAGAUCUUCACUCACUCAUUCCAAGCAUGGAUCACUACUUUACCUACGAGGGAUCCCUCACAACACCACCUUGUGCCGAGUGUGUUCGUUGGAUUGUCUGCGCCGAGCCGCUGAGACUUUCCAAGGACCAGCUGGCUGCAAUGCGCUCGAUGCACUCAUGCGAGUCGUGCAAUACAACGGACAACUUUCGUCCACCACUACCCGUGGGCAAACGUCAGGUGCUUUGUUCAUUCCCACUGCAGUGA